CCGCUCGGAAAAAUAGAGGUCGCCACGAGUCGCUCUAUAAAGAACCGUCACCGCGGCCAGAGGUCAGACGCAGACAGACGUUCGAAGAAGACGCACGAUGCUCACCAAGUUUGUCUUUCUCGCGGCGGUGUUCGUCGUGGUGAACUGUGAACAUGACGACGACACGCUACUCGCCAAAGCUCACAACCAGUUCGCCGUGAAUCUGUUGAAGCACCUUGCCACUCAGGAUCCCUCGUCCAACGUCUUCUUCUCGCCGACUAGCAUCGCCGCUGCCUUCGGCAUGGCCUACGCCGGUGCCCAGGGAAGCACAGAGGCCGAGCUGGGGUCUGUGCUCGGCCACACCGCGGUCGGUCUCACAGACCGAGCGAGAGUGCUCUCUGCCUACAAGAACCUGCUGCAGCUAGCGGCCUCGUCCAAUGUGACGCUGGACGUGGCCAACAUGGUCCUCGCGCAGAACGGCUUAUCUGUUAAUGACAGCUACAAGCAGCAGCUGCGUGAAGUCUUCGACGCGGAGCUCCGGUCGGCCGACUUCGUCAACGAAGGUCCCCGGGUCGCGGCCGAAGUCAACGCGUGGGUGCGCGAAAAGACCAGGGGCAAGAUUUCCGGCAUCCUGCCUGAAGGUCAGUCGCUGAACAUCGUCCUCUUCAUCCUGAACGCCGUCUUCUUCAAGGGCACCUGGGUGACCAAGUUCGACGCCGCCGACACCGCGAACAAGCCCUUCUUCAACCUUGGAACCACCGAGGUAAGCAAGCCGGCGAUGCACCUCAGUGCGCGUUUCCCGCACACCCGUAUCGACGCCCUACACGCGUCUGCUCUGGAGAUCCCGUACCUGGGUGACAAGUUCAGCAUGGUGGUCAUGCUCCCGGAUACCCCUACUGGCCUUCAGGCGCUCAGGGAUGGCCUGUCGGUCGCCACCCUCGAAGAUCUCGGCAGCAACCUGUACAGGAAAGACGUCGUACUCAGGCUGCCCAAGUUCGAGAUGAGUCUCACCUACAACUUGGUGCCGGCGAUGAAGGCACUCGGACUGAACGCGGUGUUCGGAGGCUCGGCUAACUUCAGCGGAAUCGCCGAGGGUUUGCAAGUUCGCAUAUCGGAUGCCGUGCACAAGGCAGCCAUCGAGGUUACCGAGGAGGGUACCGUCGCAGCCGCCGUUACAGGACUGUCCUUUGUGGCUGCGUCGGCGCUGAAUCUGCCCCCUCCGCCGGUUUUGUUCACCGUUGAUCGCCCUUUCCUGUACUACAUCAGAGACAAGAUCACAAACCACAUCCUCUUCAUCGGCGAAGUCCACAGCCUAUGAGGCUCGUCAUUUUUUACUGCGUUGGGCGGUGAAGCAAGAGUUUCGAAGGACUAAAUAGUGUCUUCUCAUAUCAGGAAACACGAUGAAAUUCCUGCAUUUCUUUUUUGAGAGCCUAUGUGCUGCUAGAACAGUAAGGUGAGACUAGAUAAUUACGAUGCACAGGACGUAAAGUGGUGACGUAAAGAACCUGUGUUUUCUACUUGAGCUUAGCUUUGAAUUCACGAAAGUGUGGGAUAACAAAAUUUUUUUACGCGCCAGCCGUAGCAUCCUCGUCACCGCGCACUGUACUUUGCGCAUUUAUGUAGUCUGCGAGAUCACCAAGAAGAUUUUCUUAAGUAGUCGUCGGCUCCCUCUUUUGUUUUGGUCAAAACAAAAACGAGUACAUGGGUAUGUACAGAUGCCUUUUCACAGUACGGAGACAGCCGAACGUAGCCGUGUCUUCCAGUGGACAAAAAGCGUCUACGAGUGCAGACAAAUUUUCAGCGUGCGUUUUAUCUGUUAUUCUGUAAGAGUGAACGGUGUUGCGGGUGCCUUCAGGCUUUUAAUAAAGAACUCGACUGGAAGGUGGGCAAGGUCCUUCCAGCGUACAA